AUGGCCACAACAAUGUUCAUAAAACACAUAACUUUUCUUUUUUCGUUGUUAUUAUUUUUGAUUCUUGUGUUUCCAGCCGCAAACGCAAUGAAAAUGAACGAUGUAAACACUUUUUGCAAAGAAACAGCUGAUGUAGAUUUCUGUUUGAAAUACAUUGGAACUGAUAAACGUAUAGUAGCCGCACGCGACCUCUACGACGUACUUUUAAUUGCGCUUUACCAAAGCAAAAUCCAAAUAACCAACGCAGUCAAAGAACUCAACAGAGUUCGCCCAAAGUUUAGUGGUCCAAUUGGGAAAGAACGAAUCUCUUAUUGUGAGAGAAACUACGGGUAUGCGUCCAAUCACGUCCAAGACGCUUUAGAAUUAGCAAAAAAAAAUAAAGUGUACGCAUACAAGGCUGGCUCACUAGCAACGGGUGGCUCGGUCUUUGUGCGCGAGUGCGAAGAUGAAUGGAAAAAGCAUGGUCCGAUACAAAAGUCGCCUGUCACUUUCUAUAACAAUAAUGUUGCCAAAAUGUCUUCUAUUAUUCGUAAAAUCAUCGACAAGUUGUAUUGA